UGUUAUUAUGAUUGUUAAUUUGCUUUAUUGAAUACUAUGGCAGACUGAAACUAUUGACCUGACUCAAAUGGGUAGAAAGUCAGGCAAGUCAAGCCAAACCCCAAGAAUGUUCAGAAGAAGCAACAUAAACAAAUUUGGUUGUACGCUUGAUGCAGAUGGCCUUCCACAUGUUGGCCAGUUCAUACGACCCGAUGAACCCUACUGUAGCAUUUAUAAUACAGAAAGGAGUUCUGUGCAAACCUUAAGAAAGAAGGGUACGGAACCUGUUUAUGUUGAUUAUGUUGCUGUUGAUGUCAAAAACAAGAAGGAUCUUCAGAAGGUCAACAUACGGUUCCGACAGCCUCGGAAUCCUAUCAUUGGUGAUAAAUUUAGUAGUAGGCAUGGGCAAAAAGGUGUUUGCUCUCAGUUGUGGCCAGACAUUGAUAUGCCAUUUUGUGGAACUACGGGGAUGCGCCCAGAUCUCAUAAUCAAUCCGCAUGCAUUUCCUUCCAGAAUGACAAUUGCAAUGCUUUUGGAGUCUGUUGCUGCUAAGGGAGGCAGCUUACAUGGAGAAUUUGUAGAUGCAACUCCAUUUCGUGGUUCAGUGAAUAAAAAUGAUGAAUUUUGCUCAAGAUCCAAAUUUUUCUAUUGUAGUCCUUCAGAUAGAGCUCCGAGUACUCAUAGUGGUGGGCAUAUUUCUGGUGUUGAGUCAUCACCGGAACGCUGA